AUGCCGGGCAGAAUCGAGAGAUACGACGACGUCCCAGUGACGAAGGAAGAUUUGGAUUGGGCCGAACUAGUGACACUUGACUUGAGCUUGUAUGAUCAACCUGGUGGAAAAGAGACCCUUGUCAAGAACUUGGAACAUGCCGUGCAACAUGUUGGUUUCUUUUACGUGAAGAACUUCAACAUCAGCCAGGAAGAGAUUAAUUCUCAGUUCGCUCUCGGUCGAGAGUUUUAUGGUCUUCCGCUUGAUGAAAAACUUAAAUAUCACAAUGCAGAUGACCUAGCUAGAGGCGAGUACAAUGGCUAUAGACCAGCUGGACAUCGGAUUCUCGCAAACGGAAUCAGGGACAAUGUCCAGGUGUAUAACAUCCCCAAAUUCGAUGGUUAUCACCAGAGAGCUCAACCGCCUGUGCUUUCGGAGCACAUUGCCGAAAUUGAGGCAUUCAGCAGAAAAUGCCAUACCGAGGUAGUUGAGAAACUUCUUUGUUUAUUCGCUAUCCUCUUGGAACUUCCCGACGAGGAGCAACUAGUUCGAGACCACCAGUACGACAUAAAUGGCGAGGAUCAUCUACGCUACAUGCACUAUGCGGCACGCGACUCUAAAGAAAACGAAAAGGUCGGAAAUCUAUAUACUCCAGGGCACACCGACCUAGGCACCGUAACGCUACUAUUUCGACAGCCUGUUGCUGCCCUUCAAAUCCUCAACUCGGAAGGCAAUUGGAAAUGGGUUAAACCUCAGGAUGGUACUAUUACCAUCAACACCUGCGAUGCAUUGACUGCUCUUACUGGAGGAUUCAUUAAAUCGAGUAUUCACCGCGUGCGUGCACCGCCGCAGGAUCAAGCUCAUGUUGAUCGUCUAGGGGUACUCUAUUUUGCUCGACCAAACAAUCAUGUGGUUCUCGACCCUAUCGAAAAUAGCCCUCUUCUAAACCGUCUUGGAAGGACAGAGAAUGCUUUUACUGAGAUUGGACAGCAUCUCACAACUGAACAAUGGGUCAAAGUGCGCCAGACUCAACAGCAACGUCGAAAUCGCGAUGGUAAGAUUUCUACCGAUGGCAAAGUCAGCUAUGCUCAAAAGGACCUUGAGAUUAUCCCUGGCUUGCAAGCCAAGGUCUACAACUAA